GGUUUGUGUUGUGAGCGUGUGGCACGCUGCACACGCCGGUGUAGUUGCGGACGCUUAGCUGCCAAGAUGAACUCCGUGUUAAUGAACGCGGUUCUGUCCUUUUCUCCAAACUACGAGCUUUUCUUCGACACUCUGUGCUGGCCGGCUGGAGAGUGGCCAGAGACGGAGAGAGUUGAGGCGCUGACGGUUUUCAUCGACGGACUCGGAUCAACUCUCCGAGACUCUACUGUGGUGACACCACCGAGAAAAUGCGUUCUCGAUAAAAUAGAGUCGGUAAUUUGGUCCCACUGCUUCCCUGUAUUUGUUGGAACACCAGCAGGUGGGGAGAGUGGAAGGAGGGAAACUGUCUCGUGUGUCUGCCGGCUGGUGAGCGCGUGUGUCUGGCUGUGCGAAGAGGACGUCGCUGGUCGAGUGGUUCAGACCGCUCUGCCGUCGCUCCAGUCGCUGGAAGACGAAACUCAAAAGCUCAGUGUUGACGUUGCCAGUGAUGUUAUAUCGGCUGUGAUACCCCGGAUAUCAGCGGACAAGCAACUCAAACUAACAACGUUAUCAUCUGCCCUGUCCUGCGUUAAAGCCCAGCCUGUGUCCAAAAGCACCGCCCAGCUGUUGUUGACGCUCCUGGACAGUUCCAGCGGUGAGAUGCUGAGCAGCAUCCGCAGACUGGUGCUGGAUGACCUGUGUGGCUGGUACUCUGCCGACCAGAGCCCUCUGGUGAUAGAAAAGUCACUAUUGUGUCUGACUGCCUUGUCAGACCACAUGAUGAGCCCCUGUGAGUUGACGCCCUCAUCCUCUGAGCUGGACCCUCGUUUGCGCCCCCAGUUUUGGAAGGUGGUUCAAGCUGGACUCACUCACAGGGACACCGUGACCCGUAAGAGGGCACUUUAUCUGCUUAAAAGGUGUGUUGCCUUGUCAGAGGAGUUAAGAACGGACUGUCCCGUGUCACAGUCGGGAAACGGUUUGAUGUUCAGGUGGUCUGUGAAAAGUGGCAAAGUGCUGCGAGAGUUCUGGGAGGACUAUGUGCUUGUGAUGGAGACAUUAGAGGAAACGCAGAUCCAUGUUGUCCGACCAGUUCUGAACCGAAUUGAUUUAUUGAUCCAAACAACAGCAAAUUCUAGUCAAGGUCCAGGACUUUUCCACCCCUCAUGGCUGCUGUGCGUGUAUCAACGGAUGUUCCACAGCGAGAAUAAAACCCUAAUGAAAGAAGGAGUCUCUCACCUGCUGGAGCUGCAGGUCCUGCAGCAGCCGGACUUUGCUGCAGCUUUCUCUGAAUUUGUCGUCGGGCCAUUUCUGGAUGUUGUAUCGGAGACAUCACUCUAUUACAGAUCACCUUCUCAGAGUUUUGGAGACUGCCCGGAGCUCGCAGUCAAACUGCAGCUCUUUCUGCGGAAUUUCUUCAGCUACCUUCCUUCUGAUCGCAGAGGUGGUGUCUUACUGCAGAUGCUGCGGCAGCUCAGCACCAAACACUGGUAUGCUGUUCCCAUCCUGUUCAUCACUCAGGCUUUAUCAAUGCUGCCUCCCAGUCCGCUUCUGGAUGUCGAUGGUCUGGUACCUCUGAGAGACAUGCUGCAGUGCACCAUGUUAAACCAUCAAGUCCUGCUGAGAGGAGCUUCCCAGGGCUUCCUUUUGAAGAGCGCCCUCUGUCUCCUGGAUGUGAAAUCAGCCACCUUGAACGAUGUCUUCACUUUCCUGACUUAUUUUCGGGCUGAUGAGUCACUGAGCCGAGGAACCAAGCUAUGGAGUGAGCUGUGUGUCUGGCUGUCAGAGAAUGAAGGCGGUUUUAAGACGAUGAGACAGACUUGUGCUGACACCACAAAGAGCACUGUUCGGAGCUACGUUCAGGAGGAAAUUAAAGCUUUUCUCAGAGUUCCUGCCAGCACUGGUCAUUCAGAAGGACUGCCGCCCUCCAGAGAGGCUGAGAAGAUGGCCAGGUCCAUUCUGCUGUGCGCUGACAUGGAGAACAGUCUAAGUGGCGCAAAUAUUGACAGCUUCCUCGAGACAACACUGGCUCCACUGCUGGAUACACUCAGUCGAGUGAGCACCAACAUCUACUUGCCUCUUCAGAAGAGCGACAAGAGCCUUCAGCUGGUGCUUCGACUCCUCCAGUUUGGACGAACCUCGGGUGGCCACAGUGCCAGUCAAGAUGACAAGGUGAUGGUUGUCAUUGAGAAGCUGGUUUUUAAGUACGAAGAGCCAAUGCAGGAGUUUAUCUUGAGGCGACUUUGUGGGGAGCUGCAGGAGCUGUGUGACUUGAAGCGGGCUGACCUGUACUUGAGUGUCCUCAAAGAGCUGGUCAUGUACAGUCCCUCCCAGCGCCACAGUUCCCUUCGACAAACCUGCUUUUCUAAAGUCAUCAAGUACAGCCUCCAGGUUUUACAGGAAUCAAGCCCGCAAAUGCCAUCUAUUGCAGAUCAAGUUGCUAAAUUAGUUGCUAUGGCAACAGUGGCUGUGGUUUGUCAUCUAAUUGAGCAGCAGGGGGAUGAGCUGCAAUCGGACCUGGUGCCACUUCUCAGUUCUCUCAGAGAUUAUUUCUACACAUCACCAUCAUCCGCCCCCACACCUCUGGCUCACUUUAAUAAAAGUUUGGUGAAGCCCCAGACUGAAGAUGAAUCCAGUGACUUGGGAGCACAGGGUUCUCUGCUGAAGGACUGGGGCCGGACAGCGUCUUAUUUCAUGCGAGACCAGUGGGUCUGUCUGAGUUUUCUGCUGAGGGCUCCCGCAGGGUCGCAGUCUGUGUCCAAGUCCUCCGAUAUGCUGCCAGCUUCUUUGAGCUGCAGUGUGGAGGCGCUGUCUCUCAUGUCCAGUGACCUGGUUCUGCCUGUGCUCACCUUCAUGGAGACUCUGAUACCACAAGUUGUGCACAUGGAAGAAGCUCUCUGCGUGGAGGCGGUCAGUCGGACCCGGCAGCUGGUGCUGGGCCGGACCUUAAACGCUCAGGACUUCUGGCCGAUCCUGAGCGCUUUCAUCUCCAUGGCCUUCCAUCCUCAUCUGCUCAAACUUACAGAUGCGCAGGCUCCUAAACUAGCGGCUCUCCUGAAGCAGAUCACCACUGAUCUGAUGGAGGUGUCAGAGUCCAAGAACGGAGUGUUCAGUGUGCUGCUUCAACACUGCUGUGAGACAUGGAUGCCUUCACGUCUAGACCGCGGAGACUUUGACGACAACUUCUCCAGUGUUUUUAAUCACGCCGACAUGCUUACGGAGGCGUUUGUCUACGGACCAGUGUUCAGGCGAGAUCUACGGCUCCUCCAAGACGUCCAAGGCUACGUAGAACAGCUGGGUGAAGACUGUGCAGCCAACAGCGUGGUCAAGAGCGAUAACAGAGACGAUCAGCUGCCUCGCAUUUGCUCAGUAGCUUUCCUCAGCCGCCUGGAACCGUCCAACCUGCUGCACCGGCGGCUCAUGGAGGAUUUAGUCAAUGGCCUGUUGAAAAAGGACUCCAACAUAACAAAGUCGGUGCAUUACCAGUCUUUGCAGCAUCGAGUGAAAAACAGAGUGUGGCAGACGCUGCUGCUGCUGCUGCCCAAACUCACCGAGGAGUUUGUUGCCGAGCUGUUGGACUGUGUUUUGGUCGCUGCGUUCUCCACGAACCAUGCGUCCGUCAAGUAUCUGAUCGAGUGGAUGAUUAUUCUGAUCCUGGUCCGCCAUCCGCAACACAUCGAUAAGUUUUGGGACUGUUUCAAAAUGGAUCAUGAUCGGAACAAGGCCAGCAUCUGCACCUUUCUCUCUGUCCUGGUGCAUUUCAACAUCAUCCUCCCUGCUCUGCCGGAUCCAGACGGACAGCUGGUCAAAGCACUGGACAUCAUCCUGCAGUUCUGUUUCAACCACAACUUCAGCGUUCGUCUCUAUGUGCUGCUGGCCUUGAAGAAGGUGUGGGGCUUGGCGGAGGAAAGAGCCAUCAAUUUGGCAGGACUGUCCUCUAUAAUCCAGGCCUGUCUGCUUGAGACGGAGGCGCAGCAUUGCACCGGGAAUGCUUCGAAAAACUGGCUCAGAAUUCAAGACCACUUCUUUUUUGACACAUUUCACCCCAUCAGGGAUUACAGUGUGGAGACAAUAUUCUACACUUUCCCCCGUUUGUCUGGGAUGUCUGACGACGAGUGGCUUCCUCCGUGGAAGUUUGAGAAGAUGUCCUGCUUUUCUGCGAACCCUGACCUCCCUUUGAGGAACCCGAGCCCUGAACUGCGUCAGCUACCACCUGGAGACUGGAUCCAGCAGGACAGAAGUGAGGAGGAUAAGGAUGAGCGAUGGACCGAGGUUCAGAAGAAGAUCGUCCCCUGGAGGCUGGGGAUCCAGGAGCAGGACCCCGAGCUGCAGCUGGUCCCUCAGAAGAGAUCGGCUCGAGUGGGUAAACUGCAUGGAGCCCUGCUGGUGGUCGCCUCGCUCAUCGACAAACCCACAAACUUAGGAGGUCUGUGCAGGACAUGCGAGAUCUUCGGUGCCAGUGCUCUGGUGCUGGACAGCCUCCGCCACAUCAACGAUAAACACUUCCAGUCCCUGAGCGUCUCGUCCGAGCUGUGGCUUCCUCUGCAUGAGGUGAAGCCGGUGGAGCUGACUGAGUUCCUCCGGCUGAAGAAGAGAGAAGGCUACUGCAUCGUCGGAGUGGAGCAGACCGCCAACAGUCAGAGCCUCCAAGACUUCCAGUUUCCAGAGAAAAGCCUGCUGCUGCUCGGAAAUGAAAGAGAAGGAAUCCCAGCCAACCUUCUCCAGCUGUUGGACGUCUGCGUGGAGAUUCCUCAACAAGGGAUCAUCCGCUCGCUCAACGUUCACGUGAGCGCGGCCCUGCUGAUCUGGGAAUACACACGGCAGCAUCUCAUCACGGGGCAGAGUGAAGCCUGCACGAAACAGCCAUGAAAACACCACAGACUCUGCUUUUUUAUCAUCCUCAGAUGU